AUGCUCUCGUCCCGCGGAAUCAUCCUUCCCCCCCUCGACGUCGUCCACGUCCUCGCCUCAUACGACAGCUGGAACUCCAUCGUCUUCAUGAUCCCUGAGGACGGCGGCUCGGUUGCUGCCCCUUCUGAUGAUAUCGUCGAUGUCGUAAGCGUGGUAUCAGCGGUGUUACAAUCAAAGCCGCCGCCGCUGGCUGCUGACCCGCGCCGUAAUGGAAAGGCCCAUGACGCCCGAUUCCUCGGCGGCGGCACCGGCCGCAUCUGGUGUGCCUGUGGGCCGGAGGAGAUCCGGGACUCGUAUGAAAAGUCGUCAAAUCGCAGGCGUAGCUGCCGCUAUGCCAAUACCGGGCUCGAUGUUGCUCCAGAUGGCUAG